AUGACUCUGAAGUACAAGCACCUGGUCCUUUCACGCAAGGUUCUCGUUCUAGUUUUUCUGACGCCAGCGAACACUUUGAGGACAUGUUGGAAAUGCAACCACCCUCGACGUUGGAUCUAG